UACUUUCUUUCCUUUUUUUUCCACAUAAUUUAUUGCCAUAAUAAAAAGUUUGGUUCAUAUGCAGACAAGGUCAAGUCAAUCCAAUCCAUUGUUAGCCCUAACUGGAAACAGUAGUUUUUCUUUGUUUACUCAUUCAGGCUGAUCCAAAUUUAAGUGACAUUGUUUCUUUCUUUGUCUUUGAAUAUACCCAUAGUUGGUUCCUUAGUUACCAAUUGCUACUUUGCUGGCUGUGAAAUUUUAAGAGAGAUUGGACAUGGCAGAGGUAGUUCUUUCACCCCUUGUCGGUACCAUCUUGGACAGCUUGAAGUCGUGGUCCUUGAAAGAGCUGGAACUUGCUGGAAGCCUCAAAACAGAAGUUGCGAGUCUUGAAAGUACGCUUACUACAAUCCAAGCUGUGCUCCAAGAUGCAGAGGAGAAGCAAUGGAAGAGUGAAGCUAUCAAGAACUGGCUUGGGAAGCUCAAACAAGCAGCUUACGAUCUAGAAGUUGUGCUUGAUGAUUUCAACACCGAAGCUCUAAGGCGUAGCCUGCAUACGGAUGCAAGAAGCCAGGUAACCACCUUCUUUUCUUUGCGGAACCCGCUCUUGUUUCGCUUAGAUAUGGCACGUAAGUUUAAGAAUGUAAGGGAGAAAUUAGAUGCCAUUGCUGGGGAGAAAAGUAAGUUCCACUUGAGAGAGGAUGUGGGAGAAGCUGAAAUUGAACGGAAUGAGGAUAGGCAAACCAGCUCCCUUGUGAAAGAAUCGGAAGUACUUGGUAGAGCUGAUGAGAAGGAAAGGAUAGUUAGUAUGAUACUUAGUAAUGUGAGUCACCAUGAUGACCUCUCUGUUUAUGCAAUAUGCGGAAUGGGGGGUCUUGGUAAGACAACAAUUGCUCAAUUGGUUUACAAUGACGAAAAUGUGGCCAAAGUCUUCGAUUUGAGAGGUUGGGUGUGUGUAUCUGAUGAUUUUGAUAUAAAAAGGUUGACUAAAGCGAUUGUGGAAUCCUUUGGAGGGAAGUCGGGUGAUGUCCAAGAGCUAGAUCCCCUGCAGCGGUGUUUAGUAGAGAAGCUUGUUGGGAAACGGUUUUUGCUCGUACUAGAUGAUGUGUGGAAUGAGUACCAUGACAAGUGGGAUAGAUUGAAACAAGCUCUACAGUGUGGACAGAAAGGAAGUACAGUGAUUGUCACUACUCGACUCGAGAAAGUUGCUCUUAUGAUGGCUACAACUCCUUUCUAUCGCUUGGGAUGUUUGUCGGAUGAUGAUUCUUGGUCUUUGUUCAAGCAAAGAGCCUUUGGGAUAGGAAUGAAUGGAAGCAACGCGAACCUGGAAACCAUUGGCAGGCGAAUAGUGCAGAGAUGUGGAGGGGUACCAUUGGCAAUUAAGGCCAUAGGAAGCAUCUUGCGUUUUAGAAGUCAAGAAAGUGAAUGGUUACGUGUCAAAGAUAGUGAGAUAUGGGAUUUGGAAGAUGAGGGAAGCAGAAUCUUAGCUGCGUUGAGGCUAAGUUAUGAACAUCUUCCACCGUAUAUGAGACAAUGUUUUUCAUUUUGCUCGAUAUUUCCCAAAGAUUUUCUCAUGAUAAAGGACGAGCUUAUAGGACUAUGGAUGGCAAAUGGAUUUAUUCCUUCUCGAGGAGCAUUGGAUUUGCAUGAUACGGGUUGUGAAAUAUUCUCUGAAUUAACUCGGAGGUCCUUUUUUCAAGAAAUCAAAGAGAAUAUCGAUGGAACUGUUACAUGUAAAAUGCAUGAUCUCAUCCAUGAUCUUGCAACAUCGGUUAUGAGACAAGAGUGCUGUGUGAUUGAGGGAAAUGAGGGGUCACAAAUUCCAAAAACUGCUCGUCACUUGUUUGUUUAUAAUAGCAGUCCAUCGACAAACGUUAUGGACUUCAACACAUUGCAACCGCUGCAAUCUUUGAUCCUACAUGGCUAUGACAUUAACGUCUCUAAUCUUUUCCGUUACAUCAGUAAACAAAAGUAUCUCAAGGUGUUGGAUUUUGGUUUUAAAUUUAGCAAUAUUGCAUUUAAAAGUUCGAAACACUUGAGGUAUCUAUGCCUUCGCGGUGCUCAUGUGAAAACUUUACCUGAAUCAACAAGCUCUCUUCAUAACUUGCAGACACUAAAUCUCAAAGCUUGUCAUGAUCUUAAAAUGUUACCCAAAGGUACGAAGCACUUGAAAAAUCUUAGGUACUUGGACAUCGGAGGUUGCCAUGCACUAACUUCCAUGCCUGUUGCAUUGGGACAAUUGUCUUUUUUGCGCAAGCUUAGCAUGUUCAUUGUGGGAAAGGAAGAAGGUUGCGGCAUUGAUGAGUUGGAAGAGUUGGCCCUAGAGGGGGAAUUAAGCAUCAAAGGACUUCACAACGUGAAGAGUUCGAUGGAAGCUAAAAAGGCAAAUUUGAUAAAGAAGCACAAUUUAAGAUCUCUUAGCUUAUCUUGGCGAAUAAACCGCAACGAGAACUCUCAUCAUCAAAAUGAUGAAGAGAUUCUUAGUGCUCUCCAACCUCAUUCAAACUUGAAGAAGUUAUGCAUAAAUGAUUACCAAGGUUUGAUGUUUCCGUAUUGGAUGAUGGAUCUGCUUCUACCAAACCUUGUUGAAAUCUCACUAGAAAACUGUGACAGAUGCCAUCAGCUACCAGCUCUAGGGAAAUUGCGCUUCCUUAAGGUCCUUAAUAUUUGUAGAAUUACUGCUCUGAAGUAUAUUGACGACACCUUCUAUGGUGACAUGGAAAGUUCUUUUCCAUCACUCGAGGUUCUCAGCAUACGUAAGGCGCUAUGUUUGGAGGAAUGGACAACAGUGAAUGGUAGAGAACAUUUUCCUCUCCUGAGUUCAUUAACUAUCAAUGAUUGUCCUAAGUUGGUUAAACUGCCAAUGAUUCAAUCUCUAAAAGAGCUACAUAUUGGAGGAAUUAAUGUUACUUUACUCGCAGCUUUGAUUAUGAAUGCCACUGUUCAAUCUCUAAAGCCUUCAUCCGAUCUGCUGGAUAAUCUAUCCUCCCUUAAAUACUUGGCUAUUUGUUGUCGCUCAAUUGAAAGCUUGCCUGCAGGACUACAAAACCUCAGCUCUUUAGAAACUUUAGAUUUAGAUUGUGACAGCCUUGUAUCCCUUCCGGUAAAUGGAUUGCAAGGCUUAUCUUCCUUGUCUUCACUGUAUAUUAUAAGUGGUAAAUCAUUAGCCUCUUUAUCUGAGGGGCUGCAAUAUCUGACUUCACUCCAAGACUUAUUUAUUAAUGGAUGUCCAAAGUUAACCUCAUUGCCAAGGAGUAUUCAACACCUAUCUUCUCUUCGAUAUCUGAGGAUUUAUAAUUGUAGUGGUUUAAUUUCUCUCCCAGAUGAGAUACAACACCUCACCUUGCUUUCACAAUUGCAUAUAAAGAGAUGCUCUAAUUUGAAGUCGUUGCCCCAGGGGAUACGUAACCUCACUGCACUGCAAACGCUAUCGAUCAGCGGAUGUCCCCAUCUGCAAAGACGGUGUGAAAAAGGGAGUGGAGAUGAUUGGCCCAACAUAGCCCACAUUCCGUCCAUUCAAAUAGGCAAAGAAACAUUGGUGAGUGAUGGAUUUUGUUAAACUCGAGGAUCUAUUCUGCAAUUUGAAGAAAAAAUAGAACAUUGCAUUAAGUUAACAAACCAAUUCUAUCCCCCACAAGAGGAUGUUAUUGGUGGCUUCGUUGGUAAAGGUUGAUGUGCUGAGAGUCUGAUGUGCCAAGUUUGAGUCGCAUCAUACGUGGUUUCUUUUUUAAAUUGUGUCAAUCUUAAGUUUCAUUAUAUGUGAGUCUUAUCUAGAUUUAUUCUAGUCUAGAUUUGAAUAUGUUCAGUUUUUGAUCCGUUAUGUUUUAUAUUGAAUUGAUUUUAAUUUUGGUCCUACACGCAUAUCAUAGUACUCUAAUUUGAUGACAUUGCCCCUAGGGGUACGUAACCUCACUGCGCUGCAAACGGUAAGGAUUAGUGUAUGCCCGUCUGCAAAGACGGUGUAAGAAACUGAGAGGAGAGAAUUGGCCCAACAUAGCCCACAUUCCGUCUAUUCUAAUUCAUAUCUGUUAUUAAUAGUUCUCAUUUGAUGAAUGAGUGACGACUUUUGUUAAAUUCGAGGACCUAUUUUGCAAUUUGAAGAAAAAAGACUACAAUGCUUAGGAACGUUGUUGGUGGCUUCGUUGGUAGUGGGAUUUUGAUGUGCCAAGUUUAUGCAUGGUUUUGUAUUGAAUUGAAUAUUAAUUUUAGUUGGUCGGGUAUGUAUUAUUUGUAAUUUGUAUUAUAGUUUUAUGUAUUUCAUUUUAUUAUUUAAUCCAUAUAUUUUCUCAAGUUUAAUAA